CAGUGCUCCCGCCUCGCCUCGCCGUGCCUCGUCCCGCCGCUGCCGCCGGCCCCGGAGCAGUUUCCCGGCUGCACUCGGCCCCCGGAAGGGCGCCGGGCGGCAGCGCACGGAGGAGAGGAAGGGACCGGCUGAGCCGGGAGGGGAGGGGACGGGACGGGAUCGGGGCCAUGAACGGCUCGGCGAACUCGCUGCUGGACAAGGAGGAGCACCCGCUGCAGCUGGGCGAGAGCUUCGAGCGGCGGCCGAAGGCCUCCUUCCACACCAUCCGCUAUGAUUUUAAGCCAGCAUCAAUUGAUACAUCUUGUGAGGGGGACCUCCAAGUGGGUAAAGGAGAUGACGUAACAAUCACUUUGCCACAUAUUCCAGGCUCAACUCCACCAAUGACUGUGUUUAAAGGAAAUAAAAGGCCAUAUCAGAAGGACUGUGUGCUUAUUAUCAAUCAUGACACUGGGGAAUAUAUGCUGGAAAAACUCAGUAGCAGCAUUCAAGUCAAGAAAACAAGAGCAGAGGGUAGCAGUAAGAUCCAAGCCCGAAUAGAACAACAGUCUGCCCGAGCAUCACAGCCUCCAUCACAGUUCAGAGCCCCAACCAAGCCAGCAAUUGGACCUAAAACUUCUCCUUUGAAAGAUAAUCCUUCGCCUGAGCCUCAGCUGGAUGACAUUAAGAGAGAGCUGAGAGCAGAGGUUGAAAUUAUUGAGCAGAUGAGCAGCAGCAGUGGAAGCAGCUCAUCGGAUUCAGAAAGCUCAUCUGGGAGUGAAGAUGAAAGCUCCAGCAGUGAGGGGGAAGAGCCGGCACAUGUUUCCCCUUCCCAGCCACCGCACCAGCAGUAUAACAACAGGAAUGCUGUUGCUAACGGCACCAGCAGGCCACAAGGAAGCAAUCAGCUCAUGAACACUCUCCGAAAUGACUUGCAGUUGAGUGAGUCUGGGAGCGACAGUGAUGACUAGAGGCUGAGCUUUUGCUGUUUCUAUUACAUAUACAUGAAGAACUAAUUUACCUUGAAGUGAUCCUGUUGCUUACGAAGAGGAGCUGGCACAGCAAUAGUUCCAUGUGUGGAAUUUUAAUAGAGGAAACACAUAGCCCUACAAAAUAGCAGAUGUUGAGGGCUGUUUUACUUUGUGAAUUAAGUGUAUAUUUUGUGUAUAUUCUUAUUCUUUUAAAGCUUUAAAUAGAUAUGUACAGUGGGUAAGCCAAUAUGUUCCUAUGUUCCUGUCCAUCAUCUGUAAGUUUAACGUGUAACUUUAUGAUGUCAUCUGAAAAUUUCUUUUUUGUAGAAGAUAUUCAGCCUAUCAUGACUUUGCAGGGGGGACUUUUGUAAAUAGGGUGAGCAUGAGCCAACAAUGAGUGUUUAAAAAAAAAACAAACCACAAACAAAAACACACAAAAGCAAAAACAAACCAUACAGGAGCUAGUGUGUGCACUGAAGUGUGACUGUCAUAAAUUAAGUUUCAAUGAGAAAUUGAUUUCUUUGGUUUGGGACUUUUCUAACGUCUUUUUAUUGGUAUUUAUGGUUGAUUUAAUGGACUUACUUUUAAACAGUUGGAAAAGAGAAAUCAUAAAACCAUGUUCGUCACAAACCUUGCUGCACCAGUGCCUUAUAAGCAGGUUUUUUAAACAGACCUUCAGUUCCUGCCACCUUUCUUAUAGGAAGCAAUACUGAAACCUCUUCAGGUUGCUUUUGCAAAGAGAGCCGUGUUUCACAUGCAGCCAACUGUACUCUGAGGGUAGUUACUCUAGCAAGAUAAAGGGUAGGCAUCAGUCACCUGAGCACAUUCAAAUAGGAACCAGAUCAGCAUUUUCUUGUGCAACUGCAGUGUCUCAUUUAACUCAGACAUUCAGACCUAGUCUUCAGAAAUAUUUAGGAGCCUGAUUACUAGUGUAAUUGCAAUGUCACAAAUACAAGAUAUUGGACUUGUUGAUAUUGGAAAACCAGAGCCCUGUUUGCAGUUUCCUAGAGAAAGCGGAAAGAAGAGAUGACUAAACAAUUGGGAAACAGCAGAAGUCUCUCUCCCACCACAGUUGUCCAGGUAGACUUUAGGCCAUACUGUUUGCUGGAUGGGAUCUCUGUGCUUGACAGGAUUAUACAGAACGUUAAAUAUUUGCCUAGGGUGAAAUUCACCCCUGUUUAAGGGGGUUUAAAGGGUGCUUAUUUGGAUUAUCAUUAACUUUUUUUUGUUUGCAUGGAAAAUGAGUGCCACAGGCAACCUCUUACAGCUUGGACACCAGGCUGACUUUUUAAAAAGGAAAUUUAACUGGCAUAGGACACGUGGCACUGUAGUCUGGUGUAAUCCAGGGGAAUAGGAAGCUGAAUUGGAUGCCUCUCCAGUCUUAAGUGUCUGCUUUGCACUGCUUUUGUCUGUCAGUUCAUUUGUGUUGCAACUCCUGUUUGUUUACUGAGCUCUUUCCUUUUUUUUAAGGUGUUGAAGAGCAAGGGGACAUUUGAAGGGAUAUUUUAUUAAAUGGUUUAUUUUUUUUGCAUUAGAUACAUAUUUAGGCAUAUUUUUGCAUUAUUGUACAUACAUUUAAAAAUACUUGGUUUUUUAAAAGUGUUUUAUGAUGUGGGUGCAUAUUUUAACAGACAAUUAUGAAAUAUACUUGAUGUAAAGCCACAAUUGCUCUCCUUUUUUUCUCUUUUUUUUUUUUUUUUUUUUUUUUAAGCCUGUUCCUCCUCCAACAGUAAAAGUGCUCUGUUCUAACAAGCUUGUACCAAUUUGGGAUUUUACACUGUGGUGCAGGAGAUCUGCAUGGUAGUUGGCAGUCUAAUUAAUGCUAAUACUGCUCCUGACUUUUCCCCAGCUUAAGAUUUAAAUAAACAGGGAGAUAUUUUUCUGAUGUCGUUUCGCCAUUACUGGGGGUUAUUCCUGAGUUCUGUUGACAUUAUUUGCGCUUAAAUGGAAAAGCAGCAGUGCAGCAUUUUCGUUGCUUACCAUUCACUGCUGCUGAUGCAUUCUAAAAUCCAGGACAUGUCAUAGGAAGUUUACUAAUUAUGUGUAAAUAAAAUAUAUGAAACUUAAGAGGGUAAGAUAACACCAGGCUAUAUUGAUUUGAAUCGCGAAUUUAAUUAUGGCUUAGAUCAGCAAGUGGGAAAGCUUCAUUCAGAUAAUCAAUUUCUGCCUUAUUUUGUAUUUGUACGCUAGGUCACGUUUCCCUACUAUCCCUCCCUCAAAGAUUUCUUCCCCUCUCUGUUCAUAAUGAAAUCAAAAUUUUUUCACACAAUUACGUACAGCUUUUAAACCACAUUUGGCCACCCUUCAUGUGCCACCUGAAGAUGUGUCGUAUCGAGGGUGGCCAACCUGUUGUUCGUGAGCUGUUUGGCUGCACAUCCCACGCCCAGGCUACAGCACCUGGCUGCCCACGGGGCUGGUGAGUAACACCGUGGCCCGCAGCCCACUCGUGGGUGUAAGCAGGACAGUCCCUAUGUGCGUGUGACCAGCCCGUCCCCUCCCUGCCACUGUGUCCUGAGCUGCUCCCAGCACCUCCUGCCACAGCAGCUCACUGGGAUCUCCGCCUUUCCCACAGCUCUCACGGGUAUGUGGCACAUGGUUCGUGAGGGUGAACCAUGUGGAGACUUCAGUAGGCGAUUUGUAAGAUCAGAAAGGGUGGCUGCCACUUGUUUUCCUUUUUCUAAAUAUGUGUGUGUGUGUUUAAAGCCGUUGCCGACCUGACAUUUUGAUUGGGACUCUUAAAAAUUUUAUGUUUCGUAUAUUAAAAAAUAGUAAAAGCUGUCUAUCUGUUCCUAUUAGAUGGUUGCUCAUUUGUUCAUGAUUUGUGGCAAGUUUUAUUCAGAUGGAAAUUGGAAUUCAAAUUACUUGCAGAAAAGCAGUUAUUUAGAAUUCUUUUAAUUAGUUGGCAAUAUCUUUAACAUCCUGGAGAAAUAAGUUGACUAAAAUAUGUUUUGAUUAAACCUAGUAAUGAAACAAAGUAUUCCUGAUUAUUCUUGGUAGGUUCUAAUCCUGCAGGAUUUUAGCACUAGCAGGCCUUACCACCUUACGCUACUUUUUCCACACAAAGUAGGAACAUCUUUUCUGUGCCAGUUAGUUUAAAUGUGAAUUAACAGUGUGCAUGGAAUGCAAUCAUCUGAAUGAACUGAAACUAAGUUUCACGGGAGAGCUGCCUGUUGGCUGUGGAGAGUUAGCAGUUCAAGACAGCUUUGGUUUCUGAUGGUUUCUUCUGUCCAGGGACUUCAUCCAUUUCAGUGGUUUGACUUUGCUUAAAACUUCAGCAGCAAACAUGGCCUGUUUAUGACUUCUCCCAUAAUUAGAAUUGCUCUAGAAGUAAUAGUCAAUAAUGAUUUAAAUUGAUUCAAUUAAAUUGUCAUAAUUCCAACUAUAGUUACUAAUUCUUUUAAAUAAAAAGGUUUUGUUUCAAAAA